CUUAAAUGAUGUCAAACGUUAAACAGCGUUCAUAAAACGUAGAUAAAACGUGCCGUAAAAUAUACUUUAACUAGGAAUUUACUAAAUUUGAUUUUGAAUGUAAUGUAAUAAAUUAUAUAUAGAAUAGAGGCAAUUAAGUUUAUAAACAAAAACACUUCAAUACAUGUAGUUGUGUAUGAUGGAUUGUAACCUCUUCUGCAGAUACAUUGUUCUCAGUAUAGCGAGACUUACUUGCUAAAAUGACAAAUGACGAAUACCGCCGAGUGACAGGAUAAUAAAUAUUACGUUGAAUACGGCCACCACGGACGUAUAAAAGCCGGACAAAAGGUCACAAUGGAGGACGUAGAAAUGAAAGUUCGGACAAGAAAGAAGUCUGUGCGUGACUUUUUUACUGUUUUCGAUGGUUCUCAUCCGUCGGAGUACAGAAUUGUAAAGAAAAAUGGAGAUACAACCAUCAAGACAUUGAAUCACCCAAGCUCGAAAAAAAUAUUUUAUCCGAACGUUUUUCUCUCCAUAGUGCAGCUGGAUUUCGUUUGGAUUUGUGCAAUCUUUUUGUCGUGUUUCCUUCUAAGUUGGCUGGUGUUUGCAUUAUUUUAUUUCCUCGUGGCAGAAGCCCACGGUGACAUGCUUAAAGAUGAACUCCACGUGGAAAUGCCGCCAUGUGUUUAUGACGUCAGCGAUUUCAUCGAGAUGUUUAUGUUUUCAAUGGAAACCCAGACGACGAUUGGUUACGGCACUCGAUACGUCACUGAGGAAUGCCCACUCGCGAUAACCCUCGUAGUGAUACAGUCAAUUCUUGGAAGUUUCUUGCUUUCUGUUUUAACAGGAGUGGUUCUUUUUAAGUUUCAAGAACCAAAGAAAAGAAAACAUACGGUAUUGAUCAGCAAAGUCGCUUGUGUGUUUGAAAAUGACGGAAAUUAUUACAUCGAGGUUCAAAUAUUAAAUAUGCAGAGAUCACAAGUCAUAGGUCCUCAAGUCAGUGCGUUCUGCGUUAUGAACCUGCCGGAUGGAUCGGGAAAAUGCAGACUUGACAUGGAGUUGGACGCGUGCCAUGUAAAAUCUAGGUUGUUCUUUAGACCAAGGAUAUACAGACAUCGAAUUGACAAUAAAAGUCCAUUUUGGGAGUUUGAUAGGCGAGAUUUCGAAAAGGGGGACUACGAAAUUAUCGUCGUCAUGGAUGGACAGGAUGAAAUAACGGACAGCUACGUGCAAGUUAGAACGUCAUUCUUAUCGUCGGAAAUUAAUUGGGGACGCCAGUUUAAACAAAUGACCCCGACACGUGUUGGGAACAUGUUCAAACUGAACUUCAAUGAUUUCACACGUACCAUGCGCUCUCGGACAAUGUCCGACGACAGCGCGUCGGUGGCGUCCCGGUCCAGGCGGACGUCCCUAGCAUCCGGGUCCAUCACAGAGGAAGACAUGGAGAGUAUAGAGAUGUCAUACUUUGGCACGUGAUCAAGAAAUAAACCACGUGACUUAUGAUUUUUUUAUUCGUAUUAAUUCAACUUUGGGCCGAUUGUUCAGAACUCUGUUAAAGUUAACAAUGCGGUUAACGACAUCGUUGUAAAACAUUUUAAGGUGAACUUUUCGUGGUUUGCCCCUUUAAUUCAAUAAAACUAGUGAAGCUGAAACAUUGAUCCAAAAACUGAAGAGCAUAAGUGUGUACUAGUCUAAAAUAAUAGACGUGUUAUACGGGAUUCUUCCAAUCCCUAACGUCUAAACGGGAAUGUGCAAAAAACGGGGGUGUUUUAAAAAUAUUGAAAUUGUUUUAAGUGAAGUAUUUUAUGGUUGAAAUUGAUCAUAAAGAGUUAUAUUCAUAUUUUACCAUGUAAGUGACAUGUUAUUUUGCACUAAACAAGCAUUUAAUGCCUUAAAACAAGUUGUUUACCUUUCCAAUAAAACGAAAGUUGACUGACACAGACAGCAAUUAUGCGAAGGGGAACAACUCGAUACAAUCGUAAUAACUCGGCUUCCUCCGACAAAGCUUCAAGAGAGACCUCGUUUAUACAAUCGUAACAACUCGGCCAUUGCCGAAAUGUUCCGAGCGAUUUAAAACUGUGCCCUGAAGCCUUGCAGGUGCCCUUCAUGUAUAUAUCGUUAUGAUUUGACAGAAUGAAAUGAAGAAAAGCCGUCAAACUCAUAAUUAUAAGUUUGAUAUUUAUUUUUGUGUACGGAACUAAUAUAAAAUAACAUUAUCUGGUAAUAUUUCUUGUUUUUAUUAUUUUUUAUAGACGCUAUAUGUUUUAACC